AUGAAUCAAUCUGAAAACGGAAACUCCGACAAGCUCAAAUAUAGAGCUGCCCGAGAUGCGUGGAAGAUUGCAGAACGAUUUCUCUUGACUGACGGCAAUGUGCUGUACUAUAUGAACUCGACUCCUCGGAACCAACAAGACAACCAAGAAGAUCUGAGACUGCGACUGGUAGUCCCAACUACGAUGAUUCAAGAAGUACUUCAAAACAACCAUGACUCGUUGGAAGGUGGACAUCAAGGCGUAGUGAGGACAUAUCAACGAGUGAGGCAAGAUUAUUAUUGGUUAGGCCUAUAUGCAGACGUUGAGAAACACGUGAAGUCUUCAAGUAAGAGCAAACCACAGCUGAGAGGGUAUUAUCCUGGUAACAUUCUCGCCGAACGACCAUUCCAGAUUAUCUCGAUGGACUUCGUAAUUCGGCUGCCGAAAUCUCGACGAGGUAACACGGCGCUACUGCUAUUCCAGUGUGCUUUCACUGGAUUCGUCAUUGCUAAACCGAUGUUCAAAGUCGCACAAGUAUUCGAAGAAUGUAUUUACCGGAGAUUUGGGGCACCGUCAUUAAUAAGCCAUGAUAGGGAUCUCCGCUUUAUGAGAGAAGUAUUCCAAGCGUUUGCCGAGAUGAUGCAGUCAAGACCGAGAGCAACUCUGAGUUAUCGACCACAAGUCAACGGACAGCAAGCAAGAUCAGUUAAGACGGUAAUGCAAUCUGUAAAAGUUUAUGCCGAAGACCCACUUAAGCAAGACUGA